UCACAUAUACCAUUCUAACACAUCUUAGAUUUACAUCGGCACACUCCAACUAGCAAAACUACUUGUGAAAGCUUACAAGCAACAAAAUAUAUUGGGUGGAAGACAAGCCGAGUCCGUUGUGUUGGAACAAUGGUCGUUGGGAAGAAGUUGGCCAAAGAGUCCCUGCUGCCGUCUGUUCUGGAGGAUGAUGACGCAGAGAUGGAGAGUGAGAGAACGCAACUGGGUGGGAUAGGAAGCCGACCACCCAGCAGACCCAGGAAAGCUUUCAGUAGGGGAAGCGUCGACAUACAGACAGUGACCCGGUCAGGGUCCGGCCGUCACUCCAGCCCUGAGGGGGAGGUGUCAGACAGGGGUGAGAGAAAGGAGGAGAAGGAAGAAGAGGGCAGUGGAGGCGGAGGUUGCGAUGGAGACACACAGGAGAGGGGGAAGGAAUGUGUCAUCACAGCUUCAGACGAGGACUAUGACACAGACUUGGAGCUGGGAGAUGUGAGGGAGGCAUAUGACCCGACGGGCCAGACUCGGUACAGGGAAGCGUGUAGAAUGUACAACGUAGUCCCUGUAUCCUAUUUCCUGAGACAGAUGGGCAACACUGAGCUGACCAUGAUGCACCAUGGCCUAGGGCCUCAGGGCACCAAAGCGCUGGCGGUUUCCUUGGUAACCAACACUUCCCUCCUGAAGCUGAACCUCAGGGAUAAUUGGAUGGAAGGGACUGGCGGGGCUGCCAUGGCCGAGAUGUUAAAGGAGAACUGUUACAUCACAGAGGUGGACCUGGGGGAGAACAGGCUGGGGGAGUGUGGUGCCCAGGCCCUGUCCAGUAUGCUGAUGGAGAACACCACACUGGUCUCACUCGGCCUGUCCGGGAACGAGCUGGCUGACCGGGCCGCACAACACCUGGCCCAGACCCUGACCUCCAACACCAAGCUGGAGACCCUAGACCUCAGUCACAACACCAUAGGAGAUGCAGCAGGUCAGGUCCUAGGACAUGCUAUUGCUGAGAACACAGGGCUGAAAUCAUUGAGUCUGGCCUGGAACUGUAUACGGGGGAAAGGAGUUGUGGCUUUGGCUAAAGGCCUUGGGGACAACAUAUUCCUCAGAACACUGGAUCUGUCUUACAAUGGUCUGGGUAAGGAUGGAGCCGUAGCUUUAGGAGAAGCUCUCAAAGACAACAACACUCUAGAGGACCUCAAUAUAAGUAACAAUCGAAUACCCCCUGAAGGUGCGAUUCGCUUCACCAUGGGCCUCAAAGUAAACAAGACUAUAAAAAAACUCAAUAUGGGGAGGAAUCCUAUACAGACUGCCGGGUGUUACGGAGUCCUGAAAGCAAUCCAGGGGAACCCAGAAUCAGCUAUGGAGUGCCUGGACUUUUCUGACAUAACAGUGAAUCAGGACUUUGAGGAUUUGUACGUUGCCUUAACAGACAUAUUCCCAAACAUCAGAGUCAAACACGGAGGAAGAAUCGACACAUUCAGAAAACCAAAGGCCUAAUGGCCUCGUUUGACCCAUCAAGAGGAUAUAUUUUCCUCAAGACAGCAAGGAGUUAAGGCAUCUGGAAUAGCAGAUGUUUAUGAAAUGCCAAUCUAGGUGAAUUGAAUGCACAAUGCAUUGACAACCUUUCUUGCCUACAGCACCAAGACAACCUGUCAAUUCUAUUGAAGAACUACUGUACUUUAGUAUACUUUACGUCUCAGGGCUUGUGGAAAUGGGUAUUCAAUUCUUGGGAACAUCAUGAUCUGAAUAAAUGAUAUAUUGCUUUCACACCAUAUCUGUGCUGUGUACAUUUCUAUAUGGUCUCUGUUGGACAGUGUGUACAGAUAAUUUGGCCUACCCACCAGACCAUCACACUCAUAUUGUCAACCUGGACUCAGGGGCAGACGUAAUAUAGUAAACGUAAUACAGGACACUCCAAUUAGGGCGUGAACGUUAUUUGUAAUAAUGGUUAGAUAGAGAAAAUCGGACCUAUCUGAAAUGAAAAUUGAUGGCCCUCCCUUCAGCAAAAUGUAUUUGACCUAAACCAUCCCUGAACGCUUGUCAAAG